AUGGUGCAAUUACUGGAUGCAAAACCUGAUAUUGCAAAGGGUUUUGUUCGUGGAAACUCCGCGAGUUCCGUAUCCUUUUGGGACGAUCUGGCAGCCGAACUUAACAGCUUGGGACCGCCUAGCCGCGACGGCACUGGAUGGAAAAAGGUAAUUGUUGCUAAAAUUGAUCCGAAAACACAACGGGAGCUAAAUGCGACCGGUGGAGGACCCAACAAGUUGAUCCAUUUAUCUGAGCUGGAGGAACAGGCUGUGCAGCUAACCGGAUUAACAGCAACGGUGGAUGGAAUAGCAGGUAGUUCCUCGCAAGGUGCUCCAAAGGCGUACGACAAAGAGAAUGUUGACAUUAACAGUGGCUGUUCCGAGGAAUCCAUAAGUGGAAUUAAUGAGACUGGUCUUUCUCAGCAUUCCCAGUCUAGACGGCCUAGACAAACUACUGGCAAAUUACUAGAAUUGCAGGUCAAACAACAACAACAAUUUCACGCAGAUGUCAAAUCAGUUAUGAGUUCCUCAAACAAAAAGUUGGAUGAUCUGAUACAUUACCAGCGCCAAUCAGCGAAAGCGUUGAUAUCCAUUGAUGCGACUCUUAAGCAACAAUCACAUGAACAACAGCGUCACAACAAGGAGAUGGAAAGGCUUACCUCAGAGAAGCUUGAACUGAAAAGAAGAAUUCUAGAAAUGCAAAUAGCUUAUGUUUCGGAAGCAAAUUAA